AUGAUCAAUGUCUCCUGGGCGGAAAGUAUCUCUCAAAUCCUGGGCUGGGCCUAUUCCAUCCUGUGGUCGCUGUCAUUCUACCCGCAAGUCCUGCACAACCAUCGUCGGCGUUCAACAGACGGCUUCUCUAUCGAUUUCGCUCUGCUUAAUGUGCUUGGAUUGUCUGCAUACACUGUUUUUAACGGGUGCUUCCUCUUUUCAACGGUAGUGCGCGGCCAGUAUGCCCAACGACAUCCGCAGAGCCCUAAACCAACUGUCCAAUGGAAUGAUUUUGUUUACGCCCUCCAUGGAGCGCUGAUCUGUUGUUGGAUUGGCAGUCACUUCCUCUACACGCGGUUCUGGAACUUUAAAUCCGAGCCGCAGCGGGUGAGCACCGCCACUCUUGUCGUCUUCUGUGGCUGCCUGGGGGUGGUACCCCCAGCCGUUCUGUGGAUUCUGGUAUCGGCGUCGUGGGAAUGGAUUGAUGUGGUUUAUGUGGUCGGCAUGAUCAAGGUGUUCCUGACAGCCGUCAAAUACACCCCUCAGGCGGUGAUGAAUUAUCGGCAGCAGUCAACGGCGGGGUUUUCCAUCAGGGCGAUCCUGCUAGAUCUAUCCGGUGCAAUACUAUCGCUGAUACAGCUGGUGCUGGACGCCUCCUCGCAGGGGGACUGGUCAGGCGCUGUCGGCAACAUUGCCAAAUUUCUGCUGGGAAACAUCACCGUUCUAUUCGAUCUCAUCUUUAUAUUUCAGCACUUUGUUCUGUAUCGGGAGAGAUCAGCCGAGAAUAAGCCAGGGGUAUCGGAGAACGAUCCUCUCCUUGAUAGAAGGAGGAAUGAGGCAUAG